AUCAACCAACCAAAUCAAAAACCCCUUUCGCGUCCGCUCCGUCAAAAAAUUACUAUUUAAAACCCCUCCCCCAAAUCGCCUGCCCUAAUUAACUUCUAAUUUCUCUCAUCUUUUUCCACCGUCUUCAAGCUCAAGGAAAGGGGGAGAAAUGAGAGAAAUUCUCCACAUCCAAGGCGGCCAAUGCGGUAACCAGAUCGGGUCCAAGUUCUGGGAGGUCGUGUGCGCAGAGCACGGGAUCGACGCCACUGGUCGAUACCAUGGCGACUCAGAUCUGCAGCUCGAGAGGGUGAACGUCUACUACAACGAGGCCAGCUGCGGCCGCUUCGUCCCGAGGGCGGUGCUCAUGGAUCUGGAGCCUGGAACCAUGGAUAGCAUCAGAUCUGGGCCCUACGGCCAGAUCUUCAGGCCGGAUAACUUCGUGUUUGGUCAGUCUGGGGCUGGGAAUAACUGGGCCAAGGGUCAUUAUACAGAGGGAGCGGAACUGAUUGAUUCGGUUCUUGAUGUUGUGAGGAAGGAGGCCGAGAACUGUGAUUGCUUGCAAGGAUUUCAGGUGUGCCAUUCCCUUGGAGGAGGAACAGGCUCAGGAAUGGGAACCUUACUGAUCUCAAAGAUCAGAGAAGAGUACCCUGAUCGCAUGAUGCUCACAUUCUCAGUUUUUCCAUCUCCUAAGGUCUCUGACACAGUUGUUGAACCUUACAACGCAACCUUAUCAGUCCACCAACUUGUAGAGAAUGCUGAUGAGUGCAUGGUCCUUGACAACGAAGCUCUUUAUGACAUCUGUUUUAGAACCCUGAAGCUCUCUACUCCUAGCUUUGGAGAUUUGAACCAUCUUAUUUCUGCAACGAUGUCUGGUGUGACAUGCUGCCUUAGGUUCCCUGGUCAACUGAACUCUGACCUUCGAAAGCUUGCAGUUAACCUCAUCCCCUUUCCUCGUCUUCACUUCUUUAUGGUGGGAUUUGCUCCUUUGACCUCUCGUGGAUCUCAGCAGUAUCGCUCACUCACAGUCCCUGAGCUCACUCAACAAAUGUGGGAUGCCAAGAACAUGAUGUGCGCUGCAGACCCAAGGCAUGGGAGGUACCUCACUGCCUCUGCCAUGUUCAGAGGCAAGAUGAGCACAAAGGAAGUAGACGAGCAGAUGAUUAACGUCCAGAACAAAAACUCUUCAUACUUUGUGGAGUGGAUCCCGAACAAUGUGAAGUCAACGGUGUGUGAUAUACCUCCUACUGGAUUGAAGAUGGCUUCUACGUUUAUUGGGAACUCGACUUCUAUUCAGGAAAUGUUUAGACGAGUUAGUGAGCAGUUCACUGCUAUGUUUAGGAGGAAGGCCUUCUUGCAUUGGUACACAGGAGAAGGGAUGGAUGAGAUGGAGUUUACUGAAGCGGAGAGUAACAUGAAUGAUUUGGUUUCCGAAUACCAGCAGUACCAGGAUGCUACUGCUGAUGAAGAAGAGUAUGAAGAUGAAGAAGGUGAAGAAGAGAUGUAUGAGCAGUAAUUCAUUCAGCACAAUGGUUUUAAUGUGCUGCAACUACCAGUUGCAUGUUUACAAUAUGGCAGUAGUGCUUAUUUUCUUUCUCUAGGUAACUAGCAAUGACUUGAGGGUAUCUGUGUAUCUUCCUGAUAUGAAUAGUGUGAAGGUUCUUCGAAAUACUAUGUGGAAUAUGUGUGGCUUUGUGAUAUGAAUAGUAUGAAGCUUCUUCGAAUACUAUGUUGAAUUUUCAUA